UGAUUGGUUAAGCCCUACUCAGGUGGUCAGAAAAAUGUAAGAUGGCGUCCGUUGCGCGCCUUGGCAGCUGUUAGCAGCAGCCAUGCGCAAGCUACGUGAAAUUCAUGCGUCGAAGCAUAUAGAAGAAUGAGUGUUCGGUCGAAAAGUUGUUACAUUUACAGCGACGACCCAUCUCUAUCGGCGGUUUAUUUGCCCGACAAUACUCCAGUAUUCGUGGGACGGACGAUAGAAACGAAAAUUACCGACACCAAGUGUUCGAGGAACCAAGUUCGACUCUGCGCAAGCUACACGGACCACAAAGUAUUUGUACAGCAAGUUGGUUCACGACCAUCGGGAUUAAAUGGACUUAAAACUCAGAAAGGCGAGAAGAUCACCGCUAAGAAUGGAGAUAUUUUGGAAAUCUUGUACGGAAAGUAUCCAUAUCGAAUAGAGUUUAAUCCUCCUCCGGAAGAAAAAUGUGAAGACACUCGGAGAAAGAAACGAACUCUUGAGUCGAGCACUGAAAGUAUAGAGAACGGUGAAAACGAAUCAAGGCAUAGCAAGAAAUCAAAAAUUAAUCCAUCCUAUUCUGGAUCGGACAAGGAAUCCACGGAAGGAGUGUCUUGUACGGAAGAAGAUAUGGACGAUGCCGUUGAUAAAGAAACAAUAUCUACGAUACUUUCAAAAAUUAAAAAUAAUAGUGGUACAAAAAACCCUGGGGAUGCAAGUUGCAGUAAGGACAUAGAUGAUACAGAUGAUACAGAAGAUAUCGCAACCAGAGAACCGGCGAAGGAAAAGUGGGAGGAUUUUGAUAACAGGAGUCUUUUAAUAUAUACCAGUGAGGGGGUCGAACAUCGAUCAAAAAUAGCGGCAUAUGACAUGGAUGGAACAUUAAUAAAAACAAUGUCAGGAUUGGUGUUUCCAAAAGAUUGUAAUGAUUGGCAAUUAUUAUAUUCUGAUGUACCAGGCAAAUUAAAGAAGCUACAUGCAGAAGGAUACAAGAUUGUGAUUUUUACAAAUCAAGGAAGUUUGGGGCUUGGGAAAUUAAAACCCAGUGAUUUUAAAGUUAAGAUAGAGAGAGUGGUUAAAAAGAUUGGUGUUCCAAUGCAGGUAUUUAUUGCUCCUGGGAAAAGUAUAUACAGAAAGCCAGUCACAGGAAUGUGGGAUGUACUAGUAAAUCAUAAAAACGGUGGAGUACCAGUAGAUAAAGACAAAUCUUUCUACGUUGGAGAUGCAGCAGGUAGAGACAAGAAUUGGGCUCCUAAUAAGAAAAAGGAUCAUUCUUCUGCAGAUCGAUUGCUUGCUCUUAACUUGGGGUUAAAGUUUCAAACGCCGGAGGAACACUUUUUGGGACAAAAACCAGCACCUUAUAAAAUGCCUGAUUUUGAUCCAAAAGCAUUAAAUGAAAUUGAUAGUAUAUGCGAUCCUCCGGAAGCGAAGAUCAUCUCAAGUAAACAAGAGGUUAUUAUUAUGGUCGGUGGUCCAGGUUCUGGAAAAUCACACACUGUUCGCACGUAUCUUGAUAAUUAUAUACACAUAAAUAGGGACACUUUGGGCAGCUGGCAAAAGUGUGUAUCCAUGAUGGAUCAAUCGUUGACUCAAGGAAAAAGCGUAGUCAUUGAUAAUACCAAUCCAGAUCCAGAAACAAGGCAAAAGUAUGUAAAAGUUGCACAAAUGCAUAAUGUCCCGGUAAGAUGUUUUGUUAUGAAGACAGAUACUGAGCAUUCCAAACAUAAUAAUAAGUUCCGUGAACUCACAGAUUCCACUCAUGACAAAGUUAGUGACAUUAUCAUUAAUAGUUAUACCGACACAAACUCCCAACUGGUCUGGCGCUGCAUAAGAUUUGUGAAGCUUCUGAUACUCCUGAGCCUUCGAGUCUACGCCAACCUCUUCACGAGUGUGCAACCUUACAGAAAGAAAUACGUGGAACCCAGCCUGGAAGAGGGAUUUGCUGAGAUUGUCUAUGUCAAUUUCGUACCUAAAUUCCAAACGGACGAGGAUCGAAGAUUGUACGAGAUGUUCCUCUUAGAAAAAUAAUAAUUCGGAAGAAAUGGACUGGUAAUAGUCAUCUUCAAACCAUACAAGUGUAAGCUAAUUUAAUCAAGAACCUCAUUUGGUACAUUCCAUAACCAUACGUGUAUUACUAAAUGUUACAUGAAUUGUUGAAAAUUAUCUCAGUAUUUAUUACCCAAAUUCAGCAGCAAUAAUUUAUUCUAAUAAAAGCCAGUCUUUUUAAAGUCCUC